AUGCGCCUGACGGAUAGCACUCGAGUCAACAGCAACCUGACGACUAGAUAUGGACUCACGCAGUCACCCCAUCCGACAGCAAGGACUUUGCGGCUCUCACUAGAAGCCGACUUUCGCUCGAAGGAUGCAAUCGAAACCACCGUCAGAACCAGAUCGCAUCCCAUACACAGGACUUCUACGGGGCCUUUGAUUCUAGCCAAACCCGCCAUUGACGCGUCAUCACUCUUCCUGCAACCCAAUAGAGUGGCACCUGAUAUUCUACAUGACUUGGAAGCAUCAGACUUCCUGGAUAAUCAGUUGUAUCACCUCUCAGCACUCGCGCCCUUGAUCAAGGCUCUCGAAAUUCGAAUGUCGCGUACGAUUGGCAUAGUCGGCACACACGGAAGGAGAAGGCAAACCGUUGUCAAGGAAGCUCGGCAUCCACGCACUCAGCGACAGCGCUCCCGAGACUCGCAGUUGAACAGCCUCCCGACAGGCUCCUUCAUUCGAGUCUCUGGCUGGCAUCCGCAGAACGGCCACCCACCCACUUCCUCAAACGCAUGUUCACGCGCAUCUUCCCCAACGCGUAAUCCGCACCUUCUGGACAACGUACGCUGUCUGCUGGCAGGUGUUCCGGUUCCACGAGGCUCCUACAGUCCACUCGACGAUCUGGCUGUAGCACAGCAACCACGAAGAACGAACGCCUUACCAAAGGGCUCCCAUAAGCAGAAGUUGAACGACAACCACAUGAGCAUAAAAUACCACAUCCAGCACCUCCGCUUUAGCUGCGCUUCUCCUUCCGCUGGCUCCGAAUGCCGCGUCCCCUCAGCCUGCGAAAGUCCAGAAGCUUCUAGAGCGAAAGAAAAGGGAAAAUCAGCACUAUGCGCGAUUACGAUUGACCUAGCAAGAUAG